GCGAGCGUCCUGCGGUGACGUCGUGUGCUGAUUAGUGUCCCUGGGGAGACGCAGUGAGAGUGCAGAGUGCGAUGGUGUGUGACCGGGCGGUGUGGUUGGUGGUGGUAGUGUGCGUGACCAUCGUCGGAAUGCCCCUUCUGGCCGAUGGUGCCAGAAUACUGGCCAUCUUUCCUUCGCCAGCGCGCAGCCACCAGAUAGUGUACCGGGCGUACCUGGAAGGACUGAUCGAACGGGGCCAUCAGCUGACGGUGAUGACGACGGAUCCGUUCCCGACGGCGCACCCAAAUGUGACGAUCAUCGAUUGGAGCUUCGCGUACCAGAUCAUAACGGAGAACUUCGAUGUGGUCGAUAUGAAGCAGCGGAACAUGAACUUUUACCAGAUCGCGAAUCGGUUGCGUCAGAUAACGCGUCUCUUCCUGUCCGCCCAGCUGGCCCACCCGGAGGUGCAGGCGCUGAUCCACAGUCAGGAUGCCCACUUUGAUGUGGUGAUCGUGGAGUACUAUCAGUUUACGCCAAUGUACGCGUUCGCGGAGCUGUUCGGUGCACCGCUGAUCGGUAUUACGUCGAUCGAUUCGAUGGGCAUGUGCCACGAGGCGAUGGGCAACGUGAUGAAUGUGGUCGCCCAUCCGGAGAUGAAUCACAAGUUUACGAAAGAUCUGACGUUCUGGCAGCGUGUCGAGGCGGUCGUUUCGAAUCUCGUCAUCAAGUACCACAUUAUGCCAACGGACUUCAGUACGUUCGAUCGGUUGAUUGAGCAGCACUUUGGCAGUAAUAUGACACGCUCGGCUGAGCUGAUGAACCGGGUCGAUUUCUUGAUGGUUAAUGCUGAGCCAGCACUCGGGUACGUUCGCCCGAUCUUGCCCAACACGGUGCAGUUGGGAUUUUUGCAUGUGAAACCACCGAAGCCACUGCCGCUGGAGCUGCAAUCGUAUCUGGACGCGUCGGAGCAUGGGGUGGUGUACUUCAGUCUCGGUACGCUGAUCCGCAGUGAUUCGCUGAACCAGCACAACCUGAAUCUGUUCCUGGAGGUGUUCAAAUCGCUCAAGUAUGACGUCCUGUGGAAGCACGACGGUGAACUCGAUCUCAACGGUACGACCAACAUUCGGAUGGUGCGCUGGUGCCCGCAGCAAGAUGUGCUCGCUCAUCCGAAGGUGAAAGUGUUCGUCAUGCAGGGCGGCCAGCAAUCGAUGGAGGAAGCGAUCGAUCGGCAUGUGCCGCUCGUCGUCAUUCCCUUCAACUUCGAUCAGUUCGGCAACGCGGACAAGGUGAUCGAUCUCGGCAUCGGCCAAUCGGUCUGGAUGGAGCGGUUAACGGUGGAGCGGCUGCGCAAUCGCAUCAUCGAGGUAGCGAGCAAUCAACGAUACAAGCGUAACAUUGCGCGGCUUGGCCGGUUGGUACGCGAUCAACCGAUGCGCCCGGUCGAGAAGGCAGUCUGGUGGACGGAGUACGUUAUCCGGCACAACGGAGCCGGCCAUUAUCGGUACACUGCGGCCAGAAUGCCGUUCCUACAGUAUCACUACUACGACGUAGCAGCAGCCGGCCUACUGCUCGCUGUCAUCGUUCUAAGCACGUUGGCCUACUUUGUCUGGCGGUUUAUGCGGAGGGUUGGCCAAAAGUUGGCGCUUCAGUUCGAUGGAUUACAUCGUCGGUUAGUGGCGAGUAGUGGUGCGUUGAAGGAGAAGGCACUUUAAAGUCCGCGCGCUUCCCGUGGGAGCGCGCACUCCAGAGGAACCACCGAGCAGCUCUGUGUGGACAUCAACAACAGCGCAACAGCAACCAUAACACCUCAACUGCGAGCAGUACGGCGACUUGCGCAACCUCAAUGCGGCUCCAUUGGGACCUUUGGCUUGCUGAUAGUCAAACACUCUCAUCGACGUCGCCGUCGCCAUCGUCACGGUACCUUCCAGAGAGAGCGAGAGCGAAAGCGAGAGAGAAUGAGAGAGUUGCUAGUUUUUGGACAACAAAACAGCGUUUCCGAAAAAGCGAGCCCUCCGAAGACCACCGGCGAUCAGGUUGCGGUUGCGGUUGCUUCAUCUUCUUACACCUCAAGUCCAGUGCAAUGCAUGACAGACAGCGGACAUCGGACAACGAUUGAGUAAGGCACAUGUGUGUGUGCACGUUGUUUAGCGAUCGUCACCCUCCCAUCACCGCGUUUAUGUGAAGCUGAUCAUGCAGAGACUCCCAAACGCUUGACUCCCGACGACGACGACGACGAUGAUUUCGCAGUUCUCAUUAGCGACUGUGAGUGGUCGAUCAGUCGAUUGGUGACCCAUUUAUCGUGGCGUUUAGUCCCGUAAUUCGCUUCUCAGGUGCAGACACACGCGACAGACCCACCAUCACCUUAAAACGGCCAAAAGGAUUUGGCAAUUUGUUUAGUCAUUGUUAGGCGUUAAGAGAUAAAGGAGGGCCCCCGUAGGCGUGGAAAUUAGAGUAAGUGUUUCGCGAACCGAUCGGUGAUCGGUGACGAUUCGGUUACGGUUUGUACAUAACAAUCCACCUUCAACUUCAACUCGAAUGCAUUCAAAAAAAGAGUGUGUUCAUGUGUGCUGUUAGAGUUAGACACCGCUAGUAGACUCACCAGCGAUUUGAUUGAAAUACAUAAAACAUCGCCGGCCCCUGAACGCAGCAGGCGAGGGAGCACUGGAUGCACAGGAUCGGACCUAGAGCCUCCUCCACCUCAUGGCGAUGCUCGAGUACGUUCCAUCGAACGUUGAAUGUCCUUUGCAGCAGUACACUAUGGCCAUCGGCGGGGGGAAUGGUCGGAAAUUGCACAUCGUAAAUCAUUGCGGGACCAAGUACCCAGGCGCUGCAAAGGGUGCCCAUCCCGGUGUUGUUCGUAAAUCGUUCGUUUUCUUGUUUGUUACCAACGGAACGCAUUUCAUUUCGGAAUGGUUUUCAUUGUUCGAGCAGA